AUGUCCGCAGAUCUCUACGCCGCCUUUAUGGCAGGCAAAAACGAUGUACCCCAGACAUCUAAGGGAAGCAGCGGACAAAGCAACGUUCAGACGUCACAUCGCACCGAUCAGGGUGCCGUUACCGUCCAGCCAUCAUACAACACGCCCCGACGCGAAUUCUACAAGCAGGAUGCUCCGCCGCUUUGGCAAAGGGACAGGAAUGGUGCCGAUGUCCUCUUCGACGCCGACCAGCCUGAGCCAGAUGACGACUUCGGAGAGUUUGAAUCGGUAGGCGACUCGAAUUCGGGUCUACCCCAAGUGGACGUGGCUCGUCAGGACGAGCCUCCACCUCUCCUUCCGGACCUACUGGGUGGUGACGAUGCCUCCUAUGCACCUAGGAGAGUGGCGAAUGCUACUGCAUAUCCGCAGGACCAAACAGUCCAGAAUCAACAAACUAAGAAGGACUCAAAGGGCCCAAGUUGGGAAGAUGACUGGGGAGAUUUCGAGCAGACGGGAGUGGGAGAGCAGCCGGGGCUGGAGCAGUCAGCGAACCAGGGCAACGCGGAACCAUUUACGGGGUCAGACUCGAUUGUCGAUGCAGCGGAGGACGACUGGGAACCCUUCUCAGAUGGUGAACCAGAGAAAAAACAAAACACUGCGCGUGCUCCGACGAAAAACGUGUCUACUCUCGCCCAGCCCGUCCAGGCAGCGCCGUCCCCUGCUCCUAGUGCGGCACCUGCUUUCGAAAGGCCAACCAACGUCCCACCACCUUCCUCUCUUCUACAGUUACUAUCCUCAGCCUGUCAAACCAUUCACAAUCACAACACAGGCCACGUCAAGCCGAAAGCGGAACUCGCAUCGCAAGUCAUGGGUGUCUACCGGACGGCCUGUCGGGUUGUGGCAGGGCGGAGCUUGCGAUGGAAGCGAGACACCAUUCUGGCUCAAAGUGUACGGAUAGGACAGGCAGGGAAGAGCGGAGGCAUGAAGCUGGCAUCGCUCAACAAGAAUGAGAGCGCCAAAGAACUGAGGGACGCCGAAGAAAUGAUCCAUGACUGGUCCAACUACCUGCAUGAAUUUAAGAGCAUCCUAGCCCAAGCUCACUUUCCACCGCACCGGCUGAGGAUAUCCAGCACCUCCACGAUUCAGACGCUGAAAUACACAUCCGGGAAAGACUCGACCAAGCAAUGUGCUGUUUGUGGGUUACGACGGACCGAAAGGCUGCCAGAAGUUGACGUAGACGCUGACGAUAUCUUCGGCGAGUUCUGGACAGAACACUGGGGUCAUAAGGAGUGUUAUGACUUCUGGUAUACGUAUAAGGAGCUACUUGGUCAUCGGUAA